AGAUCUAUUGAGUCUAAAAGAAGGCCUACUAGAUCUAGAACCGGUAGAUCAACAAUCGCCAUGACAGAAACGUUCACCAUUCGUCAGAUGCAGGAGUCAGAGGUGGAGGAGACUUACCUGUUGAUUGACAAGGAGGGCUGGAACCUCACCUUGGAUAAGUUUACACACCUCUUCCGGUCACGGCCUGAAGCUUUUACUGUGGCUGUCACACCAUCGGGGGAGGUUGUAGGUACUGUUAGUUUCUUCCCCACCUUCCCCAACGAGUAUGUUCUGGGCAAUAUUGUGAUAAAAGGGCCGUAUCGCCACAAGGGAAUGGGCUACAAGCUAGUAGAGGCCAUGAUGGCCCAGCGGCCAAAUUGUGUCGUCUCCUGUACGGCCGUCCCGGGUGCUGACCAGUUCUACCUCAAUGUCGGCUUCAAGUUCACCGAACCCCAGCAGGGUCACGACAUAUUCCACAUCCUCCUCGACACGCACGACAUCAACCAGCGGUGCCAGCAACAAGACACCACCACCACAGUCCAGGACUUCGACCCGGCCUCCUUCCAUGACCUCGUGACCUACGACCGCGAGGUCAAAGGUUACGAGAGCCGGGAGUACGUGUCGAUGAUGGUGGAUUGCUUCAAGACGUGGGUGGCUCGCGACGGGCGGGGUUCGCUGGUGGGGUUCGCUGCUGCUUUCAUCAAGAGGGAUGAGAUUGUACUGGACAGCCUGUGCGCUGAUUCCCCUGAGGUGGCCUGUCUGUUUAUCAG